AACACAAACAUCAAAUCGUCGCACAUGGUCCGCGUGUAAGCAUGCGGCUUCGUAGCAACCCAGUAGUGUGGUGUAAGCUGAUUUCCUUUAUUAAAAGUGCUUAAAUGUUGUUAUUUGCCGAAUCGUAAGAUUAAAUACCCACCAUGAAGUUCGCUUAUAAGUUCAAUAACUUGCUGGGAGCGGUGUUCCGGCGCGGCAAUCUGUUGUUUACUCCCGACGGCUACUCGGUGGUCAGUCCGGUAGGAAACCGUAUAACCAUCUUUGACUUGAAAAACAACAAAUCGAACACGCUAUGCGUCGAAAGUCAGUACAAUUACACCGCGAUCGACCUGUCGCCGAACGGGUGUCUGUUGGUGGUGGUGAACGAGAUCGGUGAGGCGCAGAUGAUCAGCAUGAUUUCGCAAACGACCAUCCACCGGUACAAGUUCCGUGGCGAGGUGAAGCACGUGCGCUUCAGCCCGGACGGCCACUUCUUUGCUGCCUGUGUCGAUACGGCCGUGCUGGUGUUUGUGGCGCCGGGUGAAUCUUCCGGAUCGUACGGUUCGUUCGUGGUGCACCGUGCGUUCGAGGUCGGGUUCGAUGAGACGCUGUUUGUGGAUUGGGCACCGAACUCGCGGGUGAUUGCGAUUGGUUCGCGGGACAAUACGGUCCGGUUGCAGAACGUGACCUGGCUGCAAACGUUCCGGCCGUUUGUGCUCGGUGGACACCGUGAAGCGAUCGUGGGAUGCUUUUUCGAAGAGAAUACGCUCGACGUGAACACUAUCAGCAGGGAGGGUUUGCUGAUGCUGUGGGAGUGUGGAAUGGAGCUGGCGGAUGUGGACAAAACGCGAGAGGAAAUAGCAGGCGAUACGGACGAAUCCAUCGGUGCAAAGAGGAAGCGAAUUGCCGGUGGCGAUAGUGACGAGGAGGAUGCAUUCACGCAGGAGAACGAUUUUGAAGGAGAAGAUGCUGGCGGACGGAAGGAGUUGCGGUUGGAACGGCUGAAGGAUGCCGCAUCGUCGAAGGAAGGGGAAGAGCGAGAUGAGCAAGGAAAAUUGGUCGUUCAAGCAAAGCGCCAUCCCUUCUACUACAAACGACUCGCGCGCCACUAUCUCGCGGAUCUACCGAGGGCCGAGAACCGGAACGCAUACGUAACCGCGGCCACGUAUCACCAGAAGCUGCGCAUCCUUGUGGUGGCCUUCUCUACCGGUUCGUUCUACCUGUACGAGCUGCCGGACGUUAAUCUAAUCCACUCGCUCAGCAUCUCGGAGUCGAGCAUUGGUUCGGUUUCGUUCAACGAUACCGGCGAUUGGCUAGCGUUGGGCGUUUCCUCCCUCGGUCAGCUGCUCGUGUGGGAAUGGCAGAGCGAACAGUACAUCAUGAAGCAGCAGGAACACUCGCAGGGUAUGAACUGCCUAUCGUACGCCCCGGAUGGCCAUCAGCUGGUGACCGGCGGGCAGGACGGCAAGGUGAAGCUGUGGAACGUUACGAGCGGCUUCUGUGUCGUAACGUUUUCCGAGCAUACGGCCGCGGUGAUGGCGGUAGAAUUUAGCCGGAACAAGAAAUUCCUCGUAAGCGCUUCGCUGGACGGUACGGUGCGUGCGUACGAUGUGAUCCGGUAUCGCAACUUCCGCACCUUCGCCUCACCGGAACCGGUACAGUUUGCAUCGGUGGCGGUCGAUUGCUCGGGCGAACUGGUGGCGGCUGGUGGGCAGGACGUGUUCGAGAUAUACCUGUGGUCGAUGAAGCUGGGACGCUUGCUGGAGGUGCUGAGCGGACACGAAGGACCGGUCGUGUCGUUAGCGUUCUCACCCGUCGCUUCUUCGUCAUCACUGGUGUCCGGAUCGUGGGAUCAAACGUUGCGCAUCUGGAAUUGUUUGGAAUCUUCCGGAGCGCACGAACCGAUACAGGUGGGAUCGGACGUGGUGUGUGUGGCUUUCAAGCCGGACGGUGAGGAGGUGGCUGCUUCGACGCUGAACGGCAACAUUACCGUGUUCCACGUAAAGACAUCCUCACAGCUCGCUUCCAUCGAGGGUCGAAACGAUAUGGAGGGUACCGUGUCCCAGUCGGAUCUAAUAUCGGCUAAGAAGAAUCUGCUGGGCAGAGCGUUCACGUCGAUCUGUUACUCGGCGGAUGGGGAAUGCUUGCUGGCUGGCGGCAAAUCGAAGUACGUCUGCAUCUAUAAUGUGAAGGAGGCGAUCCUGUUGAAAAAGUUCCAAAUCACGCAGAACCGCAGUUUGGACGGAAUGGAUGAGUAUAUCAACCGUCGCAAGCUGACCGAAUUCGGCAAUAUGGCACUGAUCGAGGAGCGUGAAGAGCUGGAGGGAGGUAAUGUGGCGCUGAAAUUGCCAGGCGUACAGAAGGGCGAUCUGGCCGCGAGAAAUGUGCUGCCAGAGGUGAAGGUCGAUUGCGUUCGGUUCUCACCUUCCGGCCAAUCGUGGGCAGCCGUUUCGACCGAGGGUUUGCUCGUGUACGCACUGAACAAGGGCAUCGUGUUCGAUCCCUAUCAACUGUCGACCGAGGUGACACCGCGGGCAACGCGCAAUCUCCUAAACAAAGAGCAAAACUACGCUGGAGCCCUGCUAAUGUCCCUAAAGCUGAACGAAACGACGCUCAUACAGGAGGUGCUGGAGAGUGUACCCUAUCGUGACAUCGAGCUGGUAAUUGGUUCCCUGCCGGACGAGUACGCCCUGCGUACGUUGCAGUUUGUGGCGAAGAAUGUGGGCAGCAGCCAACAUAUCGAGUUUUAUCUACGCUGGUCCAAUCUGCUGCUAACGCGGCUAGGUCAGGUCGAUUCCCUGCUGGAUGCACAGACACUCGUCACGCUGCAUCAAAAUCUGAAUCGCAAAUAUGACCAGCUCAACAAAAUCUGCGAUUUCAACAAGUACACACUGCAGGUGCUGAAAAACCUUUCCCUCUCGAAAAGUUCGUCCAAAGCUAGCGGACAAAACGGCAAGAAGGAUGAUAGCGAUGGGGAAGAUGAUGAGGAGGAGGAAGAAACGAUGGCUAACGGACGCAAUGGAGACGCAUCAUCCGAGGAUGAGGAUGAACACGAGUGGAUGUUGAUAAAGCAGGCGGCCAAGUUGAGCAAAUCAAGGGCCGAAAACUCCGACGAGGAAGACGGUGACGAAGACGACGAAUCGAUGGACGAUGAGAAUUAGCGCGCAAGGUGGCGCUACAACACCGUAAGCUAAAAUAAACUGUACAAAUAUUCAAAAUUGUA